UCAGGUACUGCUUGAAUUAUUCCUAAAGUGUUGUUUCUAUUUUGUGUAGGAUCUGGCAAAAUUUUAUUGUUUUAAAACACUGAUUGUGAAUGAAUGCCAUUUUGCUUGAAAAUGUAAAAUACACAUCUUAUGUAUCUGAUUUAUACUUUAUUCAUUCAGUGAAAUCUGAAGAAGUUACCUGGAUUGUUUGAAAAAUUAUAUUUGCAUAUAUAUAGAUAUAUAAUCCAGUGCUAUGGCAUUGGGGGAAUAUGUGCAAUCACAGAAAUGAAACAAAAAAAAGUGAAAGAAGAAGGUGAACAUGAAGUGACUUUGUCGGUGACCAUUGCUAAAGCUUCUACUAUAGACAAAGAGUACUACAAAAAGAAAAGUGAACUUCCCCAAGUUCAAAACUACUUCCACUGUGAAUACAAACUGCUACCAGAUGACAAAAAUACCGUCAAAACUGAUGUUGUCACUUUUGGCACUGCAGCAAAAUUGUAUUGCGAAAAUGACUCAAAAGUUUUACGUACAUGGCUGGAUAAAAAUAAAACAUGGGUAACUUGGACAACUGAACGGAAGGUGAGAGUGACAAUUGAUUCUUUGCUUAAAAUGUUCAAACAUAAAUUUGUUCUUAAAGUAUGGGAUUCAAAAGAUAAGGUUUCAGCAAGAGCAAGAUUUGAUAGACCAAAGGCUUUUCGAUUGCCACCAACAAAAGCUGUAGAUGAAAUAGAUUUAGACACCAUUCGUGAAUUGCUGUUAAAAGAAGGAAAAACAAACAUGCACUUAGGGAAAGGAUUUUUAAUGGAUUCUCGUGCUACUUCAACAGAAUUACUGUACAAAGGAGCAAGUAGAAAAGUGAGUUUCCUGGGAAACGAAAGUGAUAAGGAUUUGCAGCAAAAGAUGUCUCAGUCCACUAACUCAUUUAUUGGUAAUUCUGAAAGUAAACUGGAGGUCCAAGUUAAGCUUGAUGAAAAUCAACAACCAGAAUUUAAAAACUUAAUCACCUUAGCAUCAACUGGUGUUAAGUGUCGCACUGAUGAUGUUGUGGAAACUAAAAUUGAUAAUAAACUAACAGCUGGACGGAAUUUGAGUAAACAGAAAAGUAAUUCAAUGCGAACCGGCUCACCAAGGCAAACCUCCCCUAUGCUUCGAAAGCUUGAUUCUGAAGCACAACGAAUUCAACAACAUGGAGUGGCAUCGUUAUCGAUUCCAAUGUCUGCUUUGUUUACAAAUUGUGUGUCCAUUAGUAACAAUAUUAAAGAAUCAGUAAAUAGUUUAGAAGAAGUAAUAGUGAUCUUGACUUUGGACAAACCAUUACUGUCUGAACGCCAACGACAAGUACUUAAUCCUAUGGUGUUGACCAUUUGUGCAGCCACUCAAAUGCCAGAUGAUAUAUUUUCUUCUGAAGAACUAAAACUAAGAUGCAUGCCCCCUUUUGUGAAGUACAAGUUUUAUCAAUGUCCAGAACAUGUUAGCGAGAUGACAGAAUACAGAAAGACAAUCAAGUUUAACGACCGCAAUGUCAUUCUGCUUGGAACAAUGAACAAAGAACGUUUGUUUGAAUAUCUGCGUGGUCCUCCUUUAAAAAUUGAAAUCCAUGAUCGCGAUCCUAAGGAAAUUUCUCAAAAAAAAUCUUUAGUGUUUGGUAGUCAACCAGAAGAUGAUAGCAUAUGGAAUAAUACAGGGCUGUCGAAGGAUUCCUCAUCGAACAAUGAUCGAGGUAUAAGAUGUGGUGUUGCAGAAUACGAUUUGUCAGAAUUGCUGUUGGGUGAACGUAUUCUUGAACUAGUAUCACCAAUCCGAAAUCAUUAUCAAGAUCGAAAUUCACACGUGCAAUUGCCUUCAAAAUCUUUGACAAGAUUUAAUAUCCCAUCUGGCAACUAUCUGGAAUGUGGAAGCGAUCUGAAGAUCAAGAUUGAACUGGCACGAAGUUUAUUAUUAAUAAAUGAUAACCUGUAUUAUAGUGAAUCAGAAAGUCGGAUUUUAACGUCGGCUACCACUAAUACUGUUCAGUGUCCAUUCAAUCGCCUGGUGUAUAUUUUUGAUUACAACAACAAGAAAUUCUUGGGUGAAAUUUUAACUAAAGUUUCUGAAGUUAAUGCUCGAGCUUUGAAUUUGUCUGCUUAUCCUCAACAUGUUAUCGAUGCUGCUUUGUCGACUUAUAAGUUAACGGAUGAGGAAAAAGAAGAUACAUCUUUAGAUAUUAUUACUGGUUGCCAGAUUAUUGACGGCAUUUAUCACAUUUUUAUUUUGGAAGGACUUGCUAAAGAAGGAUUGAAGCUAAUUUGGGAUCACCUUGGGCACCCGGAAUACAAUGAGCAAUCGUUUUUUCGUGUGCUAUACAAUUCCAGCAUAGCAUUCGCUCAAAGAAUGUACCAAUCACUAGACGUGGAUUUAACACGUGUGAAGUUGUAUCAACCACUAGAAAGCAUUGUUAGACAACCUUUACUUUAUGUUAGAGAUAUGGUACCUAGGUUGUGUUUCGAAGCUGUUACUAAACUUUUUCAGUUGACUCGAUUUACCAGCCUUCAUAGCGCUGUGCGCAAUGAUCUUUUGCCGACAGCUGAAAUGGUUGUUUCUCUUAGCAAAGAGUUUGGUGUGCCCUUAUCAGAAAAUGACUUUCACGAUCAAAGUAAUAUUACCGUUAAUAACGAAACGACUGAAGCUGACGUGCCGUCCGACACUACGCCUUUGGUGGGGUCAUUUAAGAGUCAUCGCGAAUUGGUUGAUACUAAAAAUGAGAUGUAUGAGAAAAUAUUAAUGGAACGAAAAAAUACAAAAAAUGCGCAAACUGAUCACAUUUGUGCGAAUAUCAAAUCAUUAUUAACUUUGUCGAAAGCGAAAAUGAAGCAACCAACGAUCUCUUGCGAAGCGAUACAGAUUCCACACAACUACAGCAAUCAAACAUUGAAUAGUACCGUGAUGGCAAAUGAGAAACUUCGAGAAAUACUGGCACAGGAUGAAGGCGCGCGCUACACGUAUUGCAACGAGUACCAAUCCGCAACCUUGGUGCCUGUAUCCGUCGAAAAAAUAGCGAAAGAAAGAGAGCGUCUUUCAAAAGAGAAUUGGAAAACUAGCGAUGGCUUCGUUUUUCCUGGAGUUAAGUCUUCUACCGAAUCGAAUCAUCAUCCAAAACCAAUUCAUCCUGCGAGGGUUCAUGAGUUAAAUUUGCCUUGGCGCGAAAAUAUUUUGCACGCAAAUGUUAUCAAACCUACAGUUGACAGAUUGUUGUUUAAAUGGGAGGACUGUACUCUCGAUUUCAACACCUGGUCUCCUUCCAAGCCGUUUUUUGGAGAGCCAGCUGUUGUUACUAUCCAUAAAGCCGGUGACUCUCUAAAGAACGAACAAAUGCAAUCGAAAAUGAAAGAUGAAAGUGAGUGGAAAGAAAAACUUGUUGUGGAUGAUGUGAAGUUUAAAACACACAGAUGUCUUCCGGCCACAGAAAUGACCGACAAAGGUCCGAAAGCAUCGAAUCAACACGCCAAGUUAGCCGACAUACUAAAGGACGAAGCUGUUAAAUAUUCCUUUCCGAAAACGAGACGAGUUCCAGCUUUAUCUGUCGUUUCACACACAAAUACCGAUGCUGAACAACUUUUAUCUGGCGAUAUCCAAGCAAGAAAUGUCGGGUAUAAUCCUGGCGAGAUACCUGGCUUGUCAUGGUCACGUGAUAAAAACACAAUCCCAAUUAAAGAUUAUAAACAUGAAUACUUCGAAAAUAUCAAGGGACAUGAUUUCAGGUUAGUACACACUGAUCGAGAGAAGAAAGCUAUGAAAAUCAAACCGUUGACCACGGAAGAAAAAGAUAACAAUUUAUUUUGUUCUGUGUAAUUUAUUCAUCUAACUUUUUUAACUUUUACAUUAAAAUGAUGGCAUAUGUAUAUACAACUAAUGUUUUCCAAAAUUUGUAAUAUAUUAGAGGAUAUAAUUUUGAGUUAAAAUUAUUAUUUUUUUGUAAAUAGUGCGUAUUUU